GUAUUGUGUAUGCGCGUGUAUUCGAAUUGUAGAAGAGCAACAGCUACUCAGAAGACUACACGUACUCAUACCCGGCGGUACAAACACCUUACAUGCUCGCAAAGCGACGGCAACGAAAAAACGCUUUAUUUUUUUUUUUUCAAGUGAACAACUAGCGAACGAGUCUUACCUUUUGUAUAGAAAAAUUUAGUAUAAGUGGCGGCGGACGUGAAUUUCAAUGCUGUUUUUCUUUUGAAACGUUAGUUAAACGAAUUAUAGCGAUAUCGGUUACGGGUUCCACAUUUACGGGAGUGAAUUUAACCUUACGAAGUUCGUACAUCAUCGGGGAAAAUCCAAUCUAAAGAAAGUGCAAAAUUAGUUUUACAAAGGUAAAAUAUCUAUAUUAAACCAGGCAUCAUAUUGCCGUGAAUAUGACUAGCUUGAACGGCGAUGUUUUUGUAAUGCGGAAUGGUCGCUCCACAAGUCAGGUAUCCAUCUAUAACUAUCCCGAACACCUAAAUCCAUUCUAUGAGGAUGAGCAACACAAGCGCUUGCGGUUUUGGAAGAUAAAUAAAUCGAAUGGCAGCGGAAGUCGGCGAAAUAGUUUUUCACUGAGUGGUCUCAAAGAUGUGUGGGCUUUUAAGUCAUUUCGUCUCAAAAAGAAGUCUUCCACACUGGGCAUAAACAAAACAUCAGAAAGUCCACCAGCACUACGACGUGAUCUCUACAGUUCGGAGAAUGGAAAUGAUCUCAGUCUGCCGGAUUAUAAAACUCGUUAUUCCACACCAGCAGGCAGCAUUGAUAAUUUCCAGCGAAAUGCGGGCUACAGAAGUUCACUACAGAAUGUGGCUCAUGCAAAGAAUAAUACCGGCUCACAAUUGGAUUUCAAUCGGAAUAAUCAGUAUCGAAGUACCAUACAGGUGAUGGGCACAAAAUCCAAAACCAACUACAACAAUAACAAUACGAGUUUACGCACAACACCGGUGCCACAACCAAGAAGGUAUGUGUACGGUGGAUCUGUGACGCCACAGCCACUGCGUAAUUCUAAUAUCGGGUCAGGCGUUGUUGGUCUAUCAAAUGGAUCAUCGCAAAUUAGUAUGGCAAGCACAAAUCCAUUUGAUACCGACGAUGAUGAGGAAGAAAAUAAUGAAGAUGUUUCGCUGGCUGGUGAUAGACAGAUGAUAACUUCGACACCCAUAAAGCAACAACGAAUGCACCGCAAAAAACGUCGUGCACCAGCACCGCCAGCUGUGGGGGUACACAAAGCGGCACCUUCACCAGAUUCUAGUCUUAAUGGAUCACUGCAUCCACAACCACUUCCGGAACUGCGGAUCGAAGAAUGCAUGGACAUUGCAAAUCUAACGGCAGCUAUUGAAGAUUUUGUAAAAACCACAAAUGAUGACGAACCUAUAUCACCCUCUUCUAGAGACAAACAGGCGGUACAGGAAGUUGUUUCUACCAGCACGACGUCUACGUCACAAAAUGGGGACGUUAGGUCGAUUCACAACAGUACGCCACAGAGUCCAAGCCUAAAGGCAGAAGAAACAAAAGACGUCAGUGUCAUAGAAACGAAACAGAAAUCAGACAACAGUGCGCCACCAGAAAAGGAGGAGCUUUCGGAAACGGACAACUCUGAAAUGAAAAUUUCAGCUCCACUUAACAGUAACAAUACACCCGAAGUUGGCCACUUGGAAUGCAUACACGUGCAUAUGGGAAACCAAAGUGCCGCAGCCGCCGCCGUUGCCGCCGAUCGUGUCGAACCCAGUCAGAUGUCAAGUUUCCGCGGCAGUCAAACGCGUUCACCCACACAACAGCAACCGAUUACAACGAAAACUUCAUUCACACUCACCACACCACCCGCAGAACGCCGAGACUCCACAAAAAAGACGAAGAUAACAUUACAAAAUACCGAAACCUUGAAAUUCCCCGAAACAGAGGAUUUAAGGAUCACAGAAGAUGUCACAACGCCAAAGGCUAUAAAAUCGCCAACGACUACAACGAAACCCGCAGUGUCUGCCAAACCACAUGUGGCUGAGAUUCACAAACCAUCCAGGGGAAUCGCAUCCGCAAGAACAGACGAACAUAAAGAAAUAGUGGUUAAAGAAAUUAGACAACCGCCAACGAGCCCGGUACCGCCCGUGCGUCACAGCACAAUUGUAAAACAGAGAGAAGGAGCUGUGGUGAAAACAACGGAAACAGAGAGUGAGUCGACGAGAGUACAACAAAUAAAUAAUAGCCAGGUAUUAUCAAACGUAGCAGUACCUACCACUUCCUCACUCUCGUUGACCAUCACAGAGUCACAUGAAGAUCUGCUUGAGAAAGAUGAGGCGACGAGUCACAUUUCAAGUGACAACAAAGUUGCCAGCGCUACCACAACACCAGCGCAUCGUACUCAAUCACCCACAGAGCUGCGAGAGGAAGCCUUAGAGUCAUUGUAUCGGCCGAAACCAUCCUCUUCAUACCUGGAAUGGAAGCAAUCAUCGCUGGCACCUCUCGAAAAGAAUGUGCCGCCCGAAAAGCGCAAGUCCGUCAAGGACAUCAUCGAGUCCAUCAAUAGAAGUCAACGCUUAUUGCAUGCCUCUGCGCACAAAGAUAUACCAAACGAUGGUACUAGUCCGAACACUGGCGCGGGUAGCGCUAACGGAACACCCUUGCCACAACGAAGACUUAGUGGACAGUCAACGAACGAAAUGCACUCCACUGAUGCAAAUAGCGCUAACGGAACGCCCUUGCCGAAACGGAAAUUUAGUGGUCAGUCAACAAUUGAAAAGCAGGCAACGAUUGUCCAAAGCAGGACGAAACUCAACGGCAAUGCUACCACGACUGAGAGUAGACAAGAAGAGGAUACACCCACAACUUCGGCGGCGGCGUCGGCAUCAGGCGCAGCUGAAGAUGGUAGUGAAAAUGUGAAUGGUGGUCAAGAUAGUGAACAAGAUCCACAAAAACUCAACAAUAAUGAAAUAUUUAAGAAAUGUACCGUAAAGAAGGAGGUGCAAUACGACUACAGAGAGCAAUCGCCAACAACUUCUAAUCUCGAUUGGAAUCCAGUGCCCAAACCUAAGAGAAAUAAGAAUUUAUCGGAACAAUGAAAUUAAGUUUGAAAGUAACUUACUGUAAUUUUUUAAUAGUCAUUUUACAAUGUGCAAUUUAUGUAAGGAUUUCAUGGAGUACACUUUUUAUGAUAACCUCUUCGUUGUUGGCUGUAGGCUUUCAAAGUGAGAUGUUCUCACAGUUAAGAAAAAUAUUAAAUAUGUAUUAAGGUUAGAUAAGAAGAGGAGUAAAGAAAAUUUAAGUAAACGCAUGUGCCUAAAAAUACGCAAAUGCAUAUGUAUGUACAUUAGGGUGCAUCACUCGCCAUACAAAAAAAGUCGGUUAUAUUUUUCCGUCGAAAUUAUAAAAUCUAUUAUGGAUUUGAAAAUACCAUCUUUUUCAGAACCCAUUGCCAGGAGAAGGUUGAUUCCGCGUUCGUAGGUGUAAAUGGUGGAUUUUCCUUUAUCGUAAAUUCAGGAGCAAAAAUUGUAGAAUACAAGAUAGUGCCAAUCCAGCUGAAAGCAAUUGCGCUAGACGUCAUCAAAUACUGAGGAUGAGAGAGUAAAAAGAAUUUCGAAGGAAGAAGAGGAAGGUGGAAGAAACUUGCGAAAUUGUGAUCCAAAUGUGAAUACAAUUGUACUGAGUUAUGUUGUACGCUGAAGAGCGAUUUAUAUUCGGUAAAAGCAAACACAUUUGGAACCUAGCCAAAGAACUUGUCGGGAAAUUCUUUCCUAUUUUCAUAGGCAUUUUAUUGCAUUUUCUAGCGUGGGCAACUUGUCUAAAAGCCUCCCUUCUUUGUGAAAAAGCUUAAAAAUAGGCUGAAACACGGUUUUGUCUUGAACGGUUCGGAGAGAAUCCUUCCAAGGUCAUUUCUAAGAGCGAAGAUUGUUUAAAGUGAAUCUAAAAGUAGAUAUGGUAUCAAAAGGUUCUCCACCCACUAUCAGAAAUGUAUACACAUGAAAACACAUAUUUACUUUAAAAUUUAAACAUUUAAUUUUUAUCCCUAGUGCAAAACAGUAUUUUGUGGCGUCAAAUCCCGGGUUAGCGGUCCGCGGAUGGUACCAGCUACCUUCGUUUUUCUGAAGUGGUUUGAUGAAAUUGAGAAAAAGAUUCCAAAAAAAAAACGUAUUUGAGCAGGCUUGAGAGUUAAGCCAGAUCCUUAACCAUUUAAAUGAGGAGCUUUAUCUUUAAAACUCAUAUCUGAACAAUCAGUUUUUUUUAGGAAAUAUACUUUAUAGAACACCAAUCUUAAAGGUUUUCUCAGUGUACUUUGUUUGAUUUAUCAUUCAAAAUGAAUGAGUUAUAAAGCAAAACCACAUAUCUGAACUGAUCUGAACAAUCAAUUAUAUGGGAGCUAUGAUUUAUAGUAGUCCGAUCUUGAUGAAUUUUCGCUUAAACUCUAUGUUGGUGAUAAGUGAAAACAGUGCAAAAUUUCACGUUCUUAGCUGCCUAACGCAAAAUCUAAUAUCGGAACAAUCAGUUGCAUGUGAGCUAUAUGUUGUUGUUUUGAUCCGAUUUUCCGGUGCUGCAAAUGAAUAAUACAUUACAAAAAAACACCCGCUUCCGAAAUUUCAGUCGGAUAUCCCGAAAACUGUUAUGUGUUUUCAAACAGACAGACAAAGAGCUGUCAUGCACAUGGCUAAAUCGACUCAGCUCGACGUUCUGAUCAUUUUGUUCAACUUUUUUAUGGGUCUAUCUCUCUCCAAAAUUAUAACACCAUUAUGUUCGUGAAAGAUAUAAAAAUAAUAAUUUAUCGCUACCACUGCUAUUUCGUUGAUGAUCGCAAGAGUAUUAGCAAAUGUAUGUAUGUUUAAAAUGUUUAUAUUUUCAGUAUUGCGUAUUUUUAGGUACAUUUAUAUUUUUUACCCGCAACUUUAACUUUGCUUAUUUACUAAACUAACUUCUGCAGUUUUGGAAAGUGGCAGGCAAAAUUACCUGCAGGUGCUGGAAAGUGCAUAUUCGUUUUAUAAUUUUGUUUAUGUGGUACACAUCUACGCAAAUAAAUAAAUAUAUCUUCAAA